CGCACUGUGGAGGUGCCGGCUGGAGCGGCGGAGGGAUGGAAGCAGCCCUGGAGGUGACGGCUCGCUACUGCCGGCCGCAGAUGGAGCAGUACGGGCAGUGCGUGGCCAAGAGCCCGGCCUCCUGGCAGCGGGACUGCCACCAGCUCCGCAUGAGCAUGUCCCGCUGCGCCGCCGCGCACCCCAUCGUGCGGCGGAUCCGGCAGCGCUGCGAGGAGCCCUUCGCUGCCUUCGAGCAGUGCCUGCGGGAGAACCCGGCCGCCGUGGUCAAGUGCAGCGAGCAAGUGGAUGCCUUCCUGCUCUGUGCGGACAGGGUGAAGGUCUCCACGUGAGGGAAGCCUUGGAAUCAGAAUUCAUCUUGAGGAGUGAA